AUGAACCAAGAACAACCCAUGAAGCAUGUUCAAGACACAGUUAGGGAAUUAAACGCGCAAGAAGCGGCCAGCCAUGACCAAUCCACCACCCCUAAUGCUCAUACCAAUGCCGUCGCUCAUCACAAAGAACCUGUCGGCGUUCAGGGGAUCCAAUCAAGCUCACUAGUGUCACGGACGGAUCAGCGAGGGGAAAUCACCAUCGGAGAAGCACUCGAAGCUACGGCUCUCACGGCGGGCCACCGCCCCGUCGAUUACAGCGAUGCCGCCGCCAUACAGGCCGCGGAGGUCAGGGCAACCGGCCGUACCAACAUCGUGCCAGGUGGCGUCGCUGCAGCGGCUCAAUCCGCUGCCACUCGCAACGCUAGAUUGCCUAAUGAUGAGGACAAGACCAAACUCGGAGAAAUUCUUUCGGAUGCAAGUUCAAAGCUACCUUCGGACAAGCCGGUGACGCGUAGAGACGCGGAGGGAGUGAUCGGCGCUGAGCUGAGGAACGAUCCAAACCUCUGCACCCGGCCGGGCGGUGUAGCGGCCUCCGUUGCAGCCGCGGCGAGGCUUAACCAGACAAAUGCUUCUAAUAAUAAUCAAAAUAAAACCAACUGA